UUUUCUAAUUCAAAAUCGCUGUGAAUAAUUGUAAAAAAUCACAGUUUUCACAAUGUAAAAUGAUAGCUCUUUCAUCAAGACCAGGAUACAGUUUCAUCGUUUGAACCAUGUCUGAUAAAUCGCUAUCUUCCACUGUUUUAUGGAUGUUAAUAAAUAUUUUCUCAAUCUUCAUAAAUACAUCAGAAGGUGAGUGCGUUGAAGUGUGCAGUGGAAAGUCAGAAUUGAACUUGUGAAUUCUGUUUUUUUUUUUUUUUGUGAAAUAGACAUUAGUUGCCUAUAUUAUAUUCAUUUAUCAGUGUCAUCAAAAGCCAAUUGUUAUCAGCAUGCAGCUUACAGGAAGAAUGAUCUGUAGGCAAGAAGAGUUUGGUGUAAACGAAGUUUUACACUGUCCCGACUCGGGAAACUUUGACCUGGGUUACUGCUGCAUAAACAAUGGAAAAGUUUCUUGCUGCUCCUAUGACGACUAUAAAGAACGCCAUUUCGGACCCAGCUUUACGACUCUUCUAGCACUAGGAGUGAGUCACAUAAUUUUGCUACCAGCAUUGAUUUACUUUUGGUAUAAAAGAAGGAGAAGAGAUGAGCAGCAAAAAUAAGAAGUGAAAUAAUGUUGUGAAAACUGAAUUUUACAGUAUGCGCUUCUUGGUUUCCAAUCAUGAUCUAAAGCCUCUUUGAAAAAGACUGAAAUUUGAGAACACAAUUGGAUUAUUUGAAAAAAAUGGACAUUAAUUUUAGGAAUGGGAAGUAUUUCCCAUUAGAGUAGUAGCUUACCUAUUCAUUCAUAUUAUUCUAUGAGUGACUGAUUGACUUCAUAUACUAUCUUGUAGUGUAAGAUACAUAUAAAAACAUUGUCAAAAGAGUAUCGGCAAUUCAAAUUUAUUUUGUCAGAUAUAGUAUGAUUUUAAAUCAUUACAAAAUGAAGUGGAAUAAUAUUAUUAUAUUUUUUGUUGUGUAAAGCCACAAAUUCUGAGUAGUGCUCAAGUGGCAUACAACAUGUCAUUUUAAGAACAGAGUCACAUGAAUGCUCUAAAACACUCCUCAAUGGUUUGAGGACAAGCCUCUACAUAUGUCCUAAUUAUCUUUGAUACGAAUAAUAGCUGCUACACAGCCUGAUAUCCUCUGGAAUACAAUCAAAACACUCGAAUCCUGAAUAAUACGGCCCCUUUUCGAAAAGAGUCAGUUUAUGGAUAGGGAACUGGAAUAAUCCUGUAUUUUUACCUCGUGUUUUAUAAGUAUGACAAUUCGGUUAGCAUUAAGAUUAUUUUUAUUUCUGAACACAAAUGAAACAACUUCCAGGAAGUAUAUCGCUGGAAUUGUAAGUAGAUGGAGUGCUUUGAAUAUGGUCUUACAGGAGAAAGCUGGAGAAGACACCCACAGCCCUCCGCGACCAAUUCUGAGCCUCCAGCAAAUCGGAUAUAACAUCAAACGUGGCCGAUCAGUUGAUGCACCCCUUCUAAAACCAUAUUGUUUAUUAUAAAAAAUCCUUUCACUCUCCAAGUAGGCGGACAUCUGUCCGCUUCUCAAAUAGAAGGUGUAAUUUCUUAUGUUAUGUUGAUGAGCUAUUUUUUACAAUCUGAGUUUUCUUCAUUUAUUAUAUUAAUCCCGCUAUCGUGGGAUCAUUGAAGUAAGCAAAUGAGAAUAUAAUGCUGUAUUCAUGAUUACAACUGAAUAAUAGAAUAAUUCGAUCGUGAA